AUGCUAUAUGGUAUUAAAGUAUUCUUUGCUAAUAAUUUCAUUUUAUUUUCAGACUGGCUCACAGUAACGUGGGCGCAGAGUGGGAUGCACCUUCAACCCGACGCUCCCGGGGAAGAUUCAGACUCCGUACGAGGGCGCUAUGGCCGGGCCGGCAGCCUCGCGGUGACUCCGGGAGAGAAACUGAUGGAACUACUUCGUCCCAACGGUGGGACGCCAAGACGACACUCGACAGCUGCAUGCGCGCCUCCACAACCAAAACCCUCAGGUUUUGUAUACUGCCCUUCAGAUGCUCUACCCUACUGUCCACCGUCUAGGUUUGCACCAUCACAUCCAGUUAACAAGCCCAGAGCCGGGUCCGUGUAUUGUCCGUCUGAUGCGUUGCCCUAUUGCCCGCCUUCGGGGUUCGCUUCUCCGCAUCCAGUCAAAAAGCUACCACCACCACAAGUUCAGCAGCCGCCCCAACCACCUCCAGUACCUCAAAGGACCGCACCGGUGGUCACACCCUUACCGGUCCCACCACCCGCACCACCGCGACGAUCAUCACCACAGCCUCCGCGCAGAGUACCACCUCCGACCCCACCACGACCAAAUGCAACGACAACAGAUCCUAACGGCAACAAACGACCACCGCCCGCACCACAGAAAGAACCACCACCACCCAAACUAGAUUGCAACAGAAACCCGCAACCACCAGCUAUAAGAAGGUCUCCACAAAAAAUGCCAGACACGCCAUACACACCGGCACCACUACCGCAGAAUAACCAAAUGAAACAAUCACCGAGCUCCUCAUCUAAUAUUAGCGUUAGACAAGAUUCAAACGUAUCCUCCGACUCCUUCAGUCAGACUUCGUCUCCCUCUUAUACUACAAAGACGAUGGAAGCCCCGUUGCUACCACACCAGCACGUCAACAAGAGCCUGAACGCUAAGAUAGCUCGGGGACUAUUACUCAAGGAGCAACAGGAAAAAGAAGCUGGGAACUCGUCCAUAACAAAAAGCAUGUCCACACCGGCUUCACUGCAAACAAUAGUCAGAUUUCAGAACGGGAGCAAUAUGUCCCUACAUCACAGAAUGCUUCGUGAUAUGCGCGGCACCAACACCGACACCUCCGCUCACAAGUUUCGUCUGAUGCAGCUCGCCCUCAACGCGGUCAUGUUGUUAGCCAUCACCGGAGCUCUGUUCGCAUACUUCAAAGCGAACCCCGCUGUUCAGUAUGUGUCUCAAGCUGUGAACUUGUCUGCGGCGGUGACGUGGCCUACACCCACGGAGCCCCCUGGUGCAAGGAACCCCGCGCCAGGAGUCUGUCUGCCCGUCAUUGUCACCUUCUGUCAUCAGCACCGCAUCUCAUACAACUUCACUGUUUUUCCAAACUACAUUGGACACUUCGGACAGAGAGAUGCACAACAGGACUUGGAAAUCUACGAUGCAGUUGUGGACGUUCGCUGCUAUGAACUGACGGCGCUUUUUCUGUGUUCUUUAUUUGUCCCCAAGUGCGGUCCACUGGGUCACAUGGUCCGACCCUGUCGGAGUCUGUGUCAAGAAACAAUGCGUCGUUGUGGUUUCUUUUUGGAAGUAUUCGGUCUUUCGAUGCCAGACUACCUUCAAUGUGAAAUCUUUCCGGAGUCUACUGACAGAGACGUGUGCCUUGGGAAUAGAGAAGUGAAGGAAGCGCGAUUUAGAGCUGCAAAACCAGUGUGUCCAACUGGUUUCCAAUGCGACAUGAACCGCUGCAUCCCUCACGACUGGCGCUGUGAUGGCCACGUGGACUGCGCUGAUCGCUCUGACGAACUGAACUGUCGCGUCUGUAAGAGAAGUGGAGACGUCCACUGCGGGAACCAGAGAUGCAUCUCACAGGCUCACCUGUGUGACGGAAAGAUAGACUGCCCCUGGGGACAGGAUGAAAGGAAUUGCCUACGUCUAAGUAAGGCGAACGGUGACGUUGGUCGCGGGGAGCUCCAAGUAUAUCGCGCCGCCAAUCAGUCCUGGUUCCCAGCUUGCAUCACCACCUUGGACGAUCCAACUGCCUCCAAACUGUGCUCAAUGCUCGGCUACUCUUGGGUGAAUAAGAGUACGGUGGUGGGUGGUGCGGGUGCUCGAGCUGGUGGCGGGGUCCAGGCUCAUGGCGUGGCACAGUCCUAUCGAGCCUUCCAACGGAGCGAGGGAGGUUUACUACGGGAACUCAAAGACUGCCGCCACGACUCAGCCAGAGUGCACCUCGUCUGUGAUCAUUAUGAAUGUGGUAGACGGCGAACUAUAGGUGGAGGUACCAAACGAAUAGUAGGUGGUGUGGAGGCGUCUCCUGGUGACUGGCCGUUCCUGGCUGCGAUUCUAGGAGGUCCGGAGGAGGUGUUCUACUGUGCUGGAGUACUGGUCGCUGAUCAAUGGGUACUGACCGCUUCACAUUGUGUUGGCAAUCAUUCAGAUGUGAAUGGAUGGACCAUACAGUUGGGUAUCACACGGCGUCGCUCGCAUGCGUACUACGGUCAGAAAGUUAAGGUCCGAAGAGUUGUGCCUCAUCCUCUAUACAACGUUGGCGUCGCUCAUGACAAUGACAUCGCACUGUUUCAGUUGGCAGUCCGCGUCCGUUACCACGAACAGUUAUCACCUGUUUGUCUUCCACCACCGCGACCAGCUUUAGCACCCGGGACACUCUGCACGGUCAUCGGAUGGGGAAAGAGAGAUGAUAAAGAUAUGUCGGAGUAUGAGCCAGCAGUGAAUGAGGUGGAGGUUCCUGUACUGCAGCGUGAGUUGUGUAACCAGUGGCUGGAGCACCGAGACCUGAACGUCACUGAGGGAAUGAUCUGUGCCGGGUACCCUGAGGGCGGCAAAGACGCCUGCCAGGGAGAUUCGGGCGGGCCCCUGUUAUGUCGUGAUCCGAGUGAGCCGUCUCGCUGGGUAGUGGGUGGAAUCGUGUCGUGGGGUAUCAAAUGCGCUCAUCCUCGCCUGCCCGGGGUAUACGCUUACGUCCCGCGGUACGUGCCCUGGAUCCUGGCCCAGAUAAGACUUUACAACGACGACUCCGCCGUCUCCGAGGACAUCUAA